CGCUACACGACCAUACUUUUAGUCGACCAGAGCUUCAGGUCCCCCCAUUUCCAGGCCGGACAGCACGCGCCUGCGCACCCAACUCAUCCGAAGCGAGGGACAGCCGGCCGGGCGCAUCUCUACAGCCAUGGCGAACCCGGCGCUCAAUUUCAUCACUUUCAACCAGGAUCACAGCUGCCUAGCUGUUGGAACCUCGAGGGGGUUUCGCAUCUACCAUACGGAUCCCUUUUCCAAGAUCUUCAGCAGCGAUGACGGGAACAUCGCCAUCAUCGAGAUGCUCUUCUCCACCUCGCUCGUCGCCCUCAUCCUCUCGCCCCGCCACCUCAUAAUACAGAACACAAAACGCGCCUCCGUCAUAUGCGAACUCACCUUCCCGUCCGCCGUCCUCGCCGUCCGCUUAAAUCGCAAACGACUCUCCGUCGUGCUCGAGGACGAGAUCUACCUCUAUGACAUCUCCAACAUGUCACUCCUGACCAACAUCGCCACCUCCCCGAACCCUAGCGCCGUCUGCGCUCUCUCGCCCUCGUCCGAGCACUGCUACCUCGCCUACCCUCUGCCGAAACCCCGCGACGACACGCAAGACAAGAGACCAUCACAUGCCCCGCCGGCUUCCCUCUACGCUCCCGUGACGUCGGGCGAUGUCCUAAUAUACGACACCUUAACGCUCAAGGCCGUCAACGUCAUCGAAGCCCAUCGCUCGCCCUUGUCGUGUAUCGCGCUCAAUAACGAGGGGAACCUGCUGGCAACGGCAAGCGAGACGGGGACUAUCAUCCGCGUAUUCUCGGUACCUCGCGGCCAGAAGCUCUUCCAGUUCCGCCGCGGCACGUACCCCAGCACGAUCUACAGCAUGUCUUUUAACAUGGCCAGCUCCCUGCUCUGCGUCUCCUCCACCUCAGAAACGAUACACAUCUUCCGCCUACAGCAGCCGGGACCCGGCGGGAACCCGUCCGAGGCGCCCGGAUCCCCCCGGUCAGAUCGUUGGUCCCGCAGCCGCAGCUACGACAGCGGCAACGACUCGACGAGCAGCGCGCAGGGCUCGCCGCGCAGCGAGGUCGCGGACCUCGCUUCGACGUCAGCGGCGAUCAACGCGGCGCCCCCCGCGACGCAUAGGAGGCAGAGCGGGUCUUUCAGCAGCAUACUGCGGCGGUCGUCGCAGAUCAUGGGCCGCAGCGUGGCGGGCGUCGUGGGCAACUACCUGCCGCAGACGGUGACGGAGAUGUGGGAGCCGCUGCGCGACUUCGCGUACAUCAAGAUACCCAAGACCAACUCGUCGGCGGCGGCGGCGGCGCUGCGCCCGAGCGGCGGGAACGCGGCCGGCCAGCAGCUGCGCAGCGUCGUCGCGAUGAGCAGCAGCAGCCCGCAAGUCAUGGUGGUGACGAGCGACGGCGGCUUCUACGUCUUCAACAUCGACAUGGAGCAGGGCGGCGAGGGGUAUCUCGUGAAGCAGUUCUCGGUUCUCGAUACCGAUGACAAACUCGAUGCCUCGAAUUACGGGCCGUAGGGCGGCGAUUCCGAUAAAUGCGGUACCGAACCCCUUCACGAUUUCGAGGAGGUGGAAUGGCCGGGACAGGAGGAUAAGACGCACGAGGGGGAAGAGGAAGACGGAGACGGAGACGGAGAUUUCGGAGGUCGGGGGUGGCUA